AAAAGUCAGAUGAAUAAAUUUGUAACUCAACUAAAAAUUAGCUUGCAAAUAUUUCUUAGAAAUUUAUUUAUCUGACUUUUAUUUUUUGAAACAGCAUUCAUAUGAUUAUUGAAUAUUGUUUUGUAAAUUACUCUCGAUUCUUCAAAAAUGAUUCCUAGGAGUUUUGUGAAGAAAUAUGGAAAAGAAUUAUCAAAUCCAGUAACCCUCAUGCUACCAAAUGGUGAUAAAUGGAAAAUAAAUUGGAUAAAACGUGAUGAUCAUGAUGUGUGGUUUCAAAAUGGUUGGGAAAAAUUUGCACAACACUAUUCUAUGAGCUUUGGCCAUUUUCUAGUUUUUAAAUUUGAAAAAGAGUCACAAUUUCAAGUUAUGAUAUUUGAUAAGAGUGCUUUAGAAAUAGACUAUUUGAGUAAAGGAUUAAGCUCUAGAGAUAAUGAUGAUGAUCAAAGGAAUAAUCAACAUCAUGAUGAAGAUGCUGAAAAGAAAGAUAAUGAUAAUAAUAAUAAUUAUAUUGAAAUUUCUGAUGAUGAGAAUGAAAUGCUAAGAUCUUCAUCACCUCAACCUCACAAAAGAAUGAAAAUCAAUGAUGGUUCAUCUCAAAGGAAAGAGCUAAAGAAGGAAAAAAUCAAUUUAGUCCAAGAAGUCAAAGGAGGUAAUAAGACAAGUUUCUUCAAAGCUAAGAAUAGGUCAACAAAUAAUGAAGCUAUGACAAGGAAUGAAGCACUAAAAGACACAACAAGGAGAGCCAUGGAUUUACAUUUUGAUAAUCCCUCUUUCAUUCGUCCAUUGCAUCAAUCCUACCUCCAAAAUUUGUUUAUACCAACAUGGUUUUCUAAACAAUAUUUGAAUGGCAAGAAAGGGAUUGCAACCAUAGUGAUUGGUGAAGAGGAUAAGACUUGGGACUUGAAGUUCAAGUUCAAUGAUGUCUCUAAUAGGACCAUGCUACAUGGUGGAUGGGGUUCAAUUGUUGAGGAAUAUGAUUUAAAAGUAGGGGAUAUUUGUGUCUUUGAGUUGAUUGAUGGCAAAAGUAUUUCAUUUAAAGUUCAUAUAGUCCGAGCCAAUGCAUGAUCAAUCUCAUUCUGAAUAAUUUCAAGGUAUUAAAUCAAUUAAUUAUAUAUUUAGUACAAAUUAAAAUAAAUAAUUUACAUUUACCUUUAACUCUUUUGAUGUGCAUUUGGAUGGAAUGCUUAGAUGUUGGGAACUCCUCUGUUAUUCCAUAAGAUUUUAGUUUCUUGUGGUCUAUGUAUCGAGUACCUCUGGUGCUCCUUUGAUGUAUCUCUCGAACUAUUUGUAGUUUGUUUUUUAUAUAUAUUUUCGUGCUUUAAAAGUUUUAA